CCGGUGUUGGUCUGCGCCAGCGCCUUGCAGAGGGUAGGACCCCGGUUCCGCUGGGUCCUUGCGCCCACUGAUUAGUAGCCACGUCUCCCGGAAGAUGGAUCCUGGACGCGCUGUUUAGACAGUGGCUUGGCGGCGGCUGCCGCUGCUUUCGGCAAUUCACCUGUUUCCUCCUCUUCUUAUCAUGUUUGGCCUGACCUAGGCUUCGAGCUCCGGAGAUUGGGGCAGGGGCAGGACAAGGAGAGGCUUAGGGAAUUUCCCCCGCCUUUUCACAUAGCCUUCCUGUAUACCAGAAAACUCACCCACACAAUGUUAAUCGUUCAGCAUGACAAGCAAAGUGUUGCCAAGGGUGAACACUUGAUUUUUUAAUUCCAUAUUGUCUGACUUCCACAAUGUCGUGGUUUUCUGAGCUUGCUGGAAAGGCAGAGGACCUUCUCAACCGAGUAGACCAAGGAGCUGCAACUGCUUUAAGCAAGAAAGAGAAUGCAGGAAAUGUAACCUAUAGCAAUAGCCACUUAGAUGCUGUCAGUGAGUUCCCCACGCUGCACCAGCAGACCAGAGAGCAGCAAUAUCAGGUGUCCUCUAAAUCAAGUUUCAUCUCUUCGGCAGCAGAUAACAUUAAACAUCAGAAGGCCACAAUCCUAGCCGGAACUGCAAAUGUUAAAGCUGCAUCCAGGACAUCCAUGGAAAUGUCCUCUUCUGCGGAAGCGGUUUCCACAUCCAGGCCAUCUUCCCAGUUUGUGAGAAGGAAAAAGUCGGAACCCAAUGACGAACUCCUGUUUGACUUUCUCAAUAGCUCUGAGAAGGAACCGAAUGGAAGAAUGGACCUUAAGAGGGAGAAAAGCCGAGCAGCCGUGGCGCAAAAUCACUCUCGGACUUCAAGCAUUAGCUCAGUGUCAGCGAGUUCGCAAAGUGUCAAAACUGGGGAAGAUGUUUCCAUUCGGACUCAGGACAACGAUACUCCAGAUAGUUCCAGUUCUGGACUAGAGACUGAUGUGGAUGCUAAAAAAGAUUCUCCAGAGAGUGCAGAAGCUAACCCCAGCCUCACGCCUAAUGACAGCAAAUCGCAUGAGUUGUCUAACCUUCGCCUUGAGAAUCAGCUCUUGCGGAAUGAAGUGCAGUCCUUAAAUCAAGAAAUGGCGUCAUUGAUUCAGCGAGCCAAAGAAACCCAAACAGAAUUAAGCAAUGCCCGGGCGAGGGUUGAAAAGUGGAAUGCUGAUAACUCAAACAACGACAGGCUUGUUCGAGAACUCCAGGCUCAAGUGGAUGAUCUGACAGAGGCUGCCGCUGCCAAGGAUUCCCAGUUGGCUGUCCUGAAGGUGCGAUUACAGGAAGCCGAUCAGCUUCUGAACUCACGGACUGAAGCGUUGGAAAGCCUGCAGAAUGAAAAAACACGAAUAAUACAGGAUAACAGUGAAGGGAACAGCCUCCACAAUCAAGCCCUCCAGACUCUUCAGGAGAGGUUACAUGAUGCAGAGUCUGCACUCAGACGGGAGCAAGAAGGCUACAAGCAGAUGCAGAACGAGUUUGCAGCUCGCCUUGGUAAAAUGGAAGCCGAACGUCAGAACUUGGCAGAGGCAGUUACCACAGCAGAGAGAAAGUACGUGGAGGAGAAACGGAAAGCAGAUGAGUCGCAGCAGCAAGUCAAAGUAGCCAAAACCAACUUGGAGACGGCUAAGCAAGAACUGGUCGACUACAAACAAAAAGCUACACGCAUCCUCCAGUCUAAGGAAAAGCUGAUCAACAGCCUGAAAGAAGGCUCUGGCAUCGAAGGCCUAGAUAGCCAAACAGCAAGCCUCAUGGAGUUGGAGGAACUGAGGCACGAGCGGGACAUGCAGAAGGAGGAAAUGCAGAAGCUGUGGGGGCAGAUACAGCAGCUGAGGGCAGAACUGCAGGAUAUGGAAGCACAGCAAAUAAAUGAAGCAGAGUCUACUAGAGAACAAAUUCAAGACUUGCAAGACCAAAUUGCAACACACAAAACUGCCAAACAAGAAGUGGAGGCUGAACUAGAGAGGCAGAAACAGGAACUUCGUUAUACUGAAGAAGAAUUGUACCGGACAAAGAAUACUUUGCAAAGCCGAAUAUCUGACAGAGAAGAGGAAAUUCAGAAACUGAGAAACCAGCUAACAAACAAAACACUAAGCAGCAGUAGUCAAUUAGAGCUGGAAAAUCGACUACAUCAGCUGACGGAGACACUAAUUCAGAAGCAGACCAUGUUGGAGAGUCUUAGCACAGAAAAGAACUCCUUGGUGUACCAGCUGGAGCGAUUGGAGCAGCAGCUGAAGACUGUUCAAGGCCCUUCAACAAAUGGUCCCUCCAUUAAUAUGGCAGGAAUUGACACUGGUGAAGGUGCUCGCAUGCGAAACGUUCCUGUCCUAUUUGGCGAUAUCGAUGUUAAUGUUGCAGGAAUGUAUGGCAGAGUCCGCAAAGCUGCCAGCAGUAUAGACCAGUUUAGCAUUCGACUUGGAAUUUUUCUACGGCGGUAUCCCAUCGCAAGGGUAUUUGUAAUCAUUUAUAUGGCAUUGCUUCACCUCUGGGUCAUGAUCGUUCUACUUACCUACACCCCAGAAAUGCAUCAUGAUAAUCCAAACGGGAAAUAAAACACAAUUCUGGAACAGAGCGUACUUUAACAGUUACUAGUCUUUACUAACAGUAUAUUUAGAGCAGCUGAUACUGAUUCUUUGGAAGGGAGCGCUUUGGCCAGGAAAAAUAGAAGAAGUGCCACGCCUCUUCCUGCUUUGGCAAACGUAAAUUAUUUGGCAGGUGUUCCAAGUUUAGUACCUUUCACUUCUUCCAUUUAAAAAAAAAAGUUUCCCUGGGAAAAGGCUAUUUACGUGAACUAACGGCUGCCUCAGUUCUGUCUUUCCUCACUCUCUCUUCAUGGUAUACCCACAUCAAAACCUGUACACCUGCUUAGAACAACACUGUUUUUGAGAUUAUACAUGCAUAUGGUACAUACUGUAUUUUUGAUCCUCCCGGAAAUGGGCUAUAAUCAGGGACACAUUGUACUUAGAACCUUAAAUAAACUUUUAUUUCCCCCCCCUGUUCUUCUGCCUGUCCCUGCACCUUUUAACUCUGUAAAGAUCUAAAUUUAGCUUUUCUUUAAUGUGUUCAUACACUGCAGACUUGACAGCUGCUUGGAAGAAUUACCAUUUCUGUAAAUAGCUCUGAAGAGAAAUAAAAGUAUAUUAUGCAUUGCUUUUAAUUUUGGUCCUUCAACAUGCUAGAAAUGUAUUCUGUAGUAAAGCAGAAAAGUGCUUAUUUUUAAUGCUUAUUUUAAUAUGUAUAGGAGUUUUGUAUAUACAGAACUGUAAGACUUGAGUGCCUUUUAUUCUUUGCAUCUCUGACAUCAACCCAUUAGCUGCCUUAUUAAACCUUUUAUUUCCUCAGGA